AGCCAGCUGGCAGCCAUGAAUGAAUGGAUGAGGAAAGGCCCCUUAGAAUGGCGAGAUUACACGUACAAAGAAGUCAGAGUGACAGCCAGCGAGAAGGAGUAUAAAGGAUGGGUUUUAACCACAGACCCAGUUUCUGCCAAUAUUGUCCUUGUGAACUUCCUGGAAGAUGGCAGCAUGUCUGUGACUGGAAUUAUGGGCCAUGCUGUGCAGACCGUUGAAACUGUGAACGAAGGGGACCAUAGAGUGAGAGAGAAGCUGAUGAAUUUGUUCAUGUCUGGAGACUGCAAGGCCUACAACCCCGAGGAUCUGGAGAAGAGAAAGAACAGCCUGAAGAAAUGGCUCGAGAAGAACCACAUCCCCAUCACAGAACAGGGAGAUUCACGAAGGACUCUGUGUGUGGCUGGGGUUCUGACCAUAGACCCACCCUAUGGUCCAGAAAAUUGCAGCAGUUCUAAUGAGAUUAUUCUCUCCCGUGUUCAGGAUCUUAUUCAAGGACAUCUUGCAGCUUGCCAGUGAGAGGCCAAGAACUAUGGAUGCAUCGAUUGAAAUAACACUUCAUUUUUAUUUUUUCCUUCAUAAAAUGUUUUGAAUGUGAAAUCCAUCAUAUUACCAGACUUCAAAGGC